UGGAUCUUAUCUAGCUAGCUACUGACAAAGAUGCUGCCAACUUUCUCCUUCUCCUCCAACCAAGUGUGUUAAAAAGACGCCAAUGUUUGCUAUGCCAUCCAAAGCAGAGCUCAGCCGGAUGCAGUAGAAGUGUCAGCCAUGUACUCGGAGUGGAGGUCUUUGCACCUGGUGGUGCAGAGUGAUCAGGGCCACGUUAGCGUGCUGCACUCCUACCCGUCCACCGUGGGCCGUGAUGUUGCCAAUGCAGUGGUACGCCCGCUGGGUGCCAGCCUAGGAGCUCCUGCCUCUGAGUGCAACCUGAAGACUGAUAAAGAGGUGAAAUGGACUAUGGAGGUACUGUGUUAUGGCCUCACACUGCCUCUGGAGGGAGAUACGGUCAAGCUGUGCGUGGAUGUCUACACCGACUGGAUUAUGGCACUGGUGACACCACGAGACUCCAUUCCCCCACCCAUUAUCAAAGAGCCCAACCGUUAUGUCCAAACUAUCCUCAAACAUCUGUACAACCUGUUCCUGCCAAGACCUGAGCACUUCAGCCCUAUGCACUUCAAGCUGUGUCAGCAGGUGCUGACUGCGGUGCAGAAACUUGCCCGUGACUCUUCCUGCAUGGCCAGAGAGACGUGGGAGGUGCUGCUUCUCUUCCUGCUCCGUAUCAAUGACACGCUGCUCGCCCCACCUACUGUAGGAGGGGGCAUAGCUGAGAAGCUGGCGGAGAAGCUGAUCAGCGUGCUGUUCGAGGUCUGGUUUUUAGCCUGUACGCGCUGUUUCCCUACACCACCGUACUGGAAGACGGCCAAAGAGAUGCUGGCAAACUGGAGACACCACCCUCCUGUGGUGGAGCAGUGGAGUAAAGUCAUCGCUGCUCUCACCUCCAGGUUACUGAGGUUUACCUAUGGGCCGUCCUUCCCUCCGUUUAAAGUGCCAGAGGAGGACGCAAACCUUAUACCUGCUGAAAUGGAUAAUGACUGUGUAGCACAGACUUGGUAUCGCUUUCUCCACAUGCUCAGUAAUCCAGUGGAUCUGAGUAACCCUGUGAUCGUCAGCUCCACUCCUAAGUUCCAAGAGCAGCUGCUAGGUGGGAACACAGUGCCUCAGGAGGUGGUGAUUCAGCACCCCUGCCUCAAACAGCUGCCUCAGAUCUUUUUCAGAGCUAUGAGGGGCAUCAGCUGCCUGGUUGAUGCUUUCCUAGGAACAACAAUGUCUAGGAGGUAUUUUCGGGACAGACUUCCCUCUAUAGGUAUAUCCAGACCCCGGUCAGACAGUGCCCCACCGACUCCUGUCAAUCGGCUCAGCAUGCCGCCACUCCCCACCACCACCAACACCACGCCUCCUCACAGCCGCAGACAUAGACCCACAGCAGUUACAAAGACCACCAGCAAAGCAUCCACGACUGGUCCUCCCAAAGUCACCCACCAGCCGUCCUCCUCUUCGCCCUUGUCCAGUCCCAACCAGACCAGCUCAGAGCCUCGACCCCUGCCCGCUCCCACCAGGCCGAAGGUGAACAGCGUGCUAAACCUUUUUGGCCAGUGGCUGUUCGAUGCUGCACUCGUUCACUGCAAACUCCACUCAGGCCUCAGCAGAGAAAGCAGUGUGACUGCCCUUGCUACUCAGGCUGGAGUUGAACUAAGGAGAAAAGGCUCUCAAAUGUCCACUGACACCAUGGUGUCAAACCCCAUGUUUGACGCCAACGAGUUUCCGGAAAAUUACGAGUCUGGACGAGCAGAGGCCUGUGGGACACUGUGCCGAAUCUUCUGCAGCAAAAAAACUGGAGAAGAAAUUCUACCUGUCUACCUGUCCAGGUUCUACAUGGUCCUCAUCCAGGGCCUUCAGAUCUCCGACUUUAUUUGCAGGCCGGUUCUGGCCAGUAUUAUCCUAAACUCCUCAGCUCUGUUCUGCUCUGACCUGAAAGGGAUCAACGUUGUGGUUCCAUACUUUAUAUCUGCACUGGAAAUUAUUCUACCUGAUCGUGAAUUAACCAAAUUUAAAUCAUAUGUAAACCCCACUGAACUGAGAAGAGCUUCCAUCAACAUUCUCAUGUCCAUGCUGCCUCUGCCACACCAUUUUGGCAAUGUCAAGUCUGAGGUUCUUUUGGAGGGUAAAUUCAACAAUGAUGAUAACUCACUUCAUGACAAGUCAGUGACCUUCCUGUCGCUGAAGCUGCGAUUAGUCAAUGUGUUGAUUGGUGCCCUGCAAACGGAGACAGACCCAGUCAAUACACAAAUGAUACUAGCUGCCAUGCUUAAUAUAGUCCAGGAUUCAGCACUAUUGGAGUCUAUAGGUGCCCAAACUGAGGUGGGAAGUGUGGACAGCAGUCACUCUAUGGCCAAAAGUCACAGUCGCAAUAACAGUGGGAUCAGUAAUUCUAGUGCAGGCAGCUCCGAAGCCACCACUCCAGACAGUGAGAGGCCUGCCCAAGCCCUGCUCCGGGACUACGCUCUUCACACAGACACAGCAGCUGGCCUGCUGAUCCGCAGCAUCCACCUGGUCACUCAGAGACUCAACUCGCAGUGGAGACCCGACAUGAGCAUCUCGCUCGCUGCCCUCGAGUUGCUUGCUGGCCUGGCCAAGGUGAAGGCGAGUGUUGAGUCUUCAGAUCGUAAACGUGCAGUCAGUUCAGUUUGUGGUUACAUCGUGCACCAGUGCAGUCGACCUGCUCCACUCCACUCCAGAGACCUGCACUCCAUGAUCGUCGCAGCCUUCCAGUGUCUCUGCAUGUGGCUCACAGAGCAUCCUGACAUGCUCAAUGAGAAGGACUGCCUUAUAGAAGUGCUAGAAAUUGUUGAACUGGGCAUCUCUGGCAGCAAGUCAAAAACAAGUGAACAGGAAGUGAGGUAUAAAGGAGAUAAAGAACAUAAUCCCGCCUCCAUGAGGGUAAAAGAUGCCGCUGAAGCUACACUGUCAUGUAUAAUGCAGGUUUUGGGUGCGUUCCCAUCUCCGAGUGGCCCCGCCUCCACCUGCAGCCUGCUGAAUGAAGACACACUGAUUAAAUACUCCAGAUUACCGUCCACCUCUCACAGUAACUUCAGAUACUUUGUCCUUGACAAUUCUGUCAUCCUGGCCAUGCUGGAGCAGUCGCUCGGCAAUGAACAGAACCCUUGUCCAUCUGUUACAAUGCUGAUUCGAGGCAUGUAUGGUCGUCAUGCUUGGACCAUGCAACUGUUCCACCAGCCUCGAGGAGCCAGAGCUAACCAGAAGCAGAUAUUUGUUCCAGAGAGUCGGCCUACACCCAAAAAUGACGUGGGAAUUCGCUUUAAUGUGAAACACAGGCCGUUUCCAGAGGAGGUGGACAAAAUUCCGUUUGUCAAAGCUGACCUGAGCAUUCCAGACCUUCAUGAUAUAGUAGAUAAGGAGCUUGAACAGCAGCAUGAAAAGCUUCGGGGAGUGAUGGUGAAGCAGAUAGACUACGAAACGACACUGGAGCACCAAACAGAGGAGCUGUGGAAGAACAAAUCGUUUCCCGAUCCACUUACUGACUGCAAACCUCCCCCUCCAGCACAGGAGUUCCAAAGUGCACGCCUCUUUCUCUCACAUUUCGGCUUUCUGUCACUAGAGGCUCUCAAGGAGCCGAGUAAUAGUCGUUUGCCUCCUCAUCUCAUUGCUCUGGACUCGGCUGUACCAGGCUUCUUUGAUGACAUGGGCUUUCUGGAUUUGUUGCCAUGCCGACCGUGUGACACAGUUUUUAUCUUCUACAUGAAAGCAGGCCAGAAGAGCAGUCAAGAGAUCUUGAGGAAUGUGGAAUCCUCAGCGAGUGUGCAGCCACACUUUCUGGAGCUUCUGUUGUCUCUUGGCUGGCCAGUCGAAGUGGGCCAUCACCCAGGCUGGACUGGGAGUGUAUAUACCAGCUGGACCAUCAACACUCAAUCCAAUGGCACUGAUACACCAGAUGAAUUGGUUUCAGUUGGGGAAACAGGAGGAGGAAUAUUUAAUGGUGAAAAGAUGGUGCUCUACUACGCUGAUGCUCUUACAGAAAUUGCCUUUGUGGUGCCCUCACUCAGUGACUCAUCAGCUGAGUCAUCUGAGAACAGUUUCCCCACAGCAGACUCUGAUUCUCAGAUGGAGCUGAUGCCCAGCCUACUGAAGCAACCCAACCUGACACUGGAUCUCUUUCCCAAUCACUCUGAUAACAUGGGCCCAGCACAACGGUCUCCCACUGCAAAGAGUAAGAAGCUGCCAACAGGAAGGAGUAUACCACCUCUAGGUCCAGAAACGAAAGUACUGGUGGUCUGGGUGGAGCGCUUUGAUGAUAUUGAAAACUUUCCUUUGUCCGAGUUGCUGGCUGAGACCAGCACAGGGGUGGAGAGUGCAAUUAACAGCAGUGCUUCCAGACCCACCACUUCGGAGAAGGAUGUGCCAGUCAUUUUUAUUCAUCCAUUGAAAACUGGCCUGUUCCGCAUCAAGUUACAUGGGGCCAUGGGCAAGUUCAGCAUGGUCAUCCCCUUAGUGGACAACAUGGUAGUCAGCAGAAGGUCAUUAGGCUUCUUGGUAAGACAGACAGUAAUAAAUGCAUGUCGAAGGAAGCGUCUAGACAGCGACUCCUACAGCCCUCCUCACGUACGCCGGAAACAGAAAAUCGCUGAAAUUGUUAACCGUUACCGGAACAAACAGCUGGAGCCGGAGUUCUACACGUCACUGUUCCAGGAGGUUGGCGAGAAAAGCCUCAACCCCUAAAAGCCUCAGUGGGGCAGUGGUGCAUAAUUGCUGUUUUUAACUGGCAAACGGCCAUAGUAUAUCAGCUGUCAAAGCUCCAUUUAUUGCCCAUGUGGCGGCUUACUAGCUGGUCCGAUCGCUGACGCUGGAAUGGAUGCUCUUCCGUUUUCUUAUUACUGUAUUUCACUUUUUUUAUUCCACCAUCAUUUUGGACAGUAAAAAUAGGAAGCAGAGAUAAGACAAGUUUAGUCCAAAACACUAACCAGAGUAAACACUGAUGCCAGUGCAAGCCGUUUUUCCUCCCCUUCACACACACAUUGUUUCCGUCUGUGUUGAUGCGUUAUGGUUCUUUUUAAACUCAGGUGGUUUUACCAUUCUUCUUAUGCAUCACUACAAGCUGACCUCAGCUUCAUGUUCUCUUUCAGUUUGUUUUCUCUCAUUUCCACACUGAUUUUUUUCUGUCUGUAGACUCGACUCCACGGGAGUCCUAAAUAUUGAUAGGUCAUACAAUGAAUGUCUGUCUUUUUUCAUUUGAUAUGUUUAUGUAGCAGUUAUGAAGACUUUAAAAGUCCUUCUUGACAUGAUCAUGGUUUUAAAGUCAGCAACAAAGUACUGAAUACUUUAGCGGAACAUUCUAGCCUUAUAUUCCUUGCUGACAUCCUUCAUGGAAAAAAAAAACUGUGGUUGACUCGUGUUUUCUCUCAUUUCAUAUUAAUUCAGGCAACAUUUCAAAGUCAGAAGGGCUCUCCUUUAUGUUCAUUUCAUUUUAUGUUACCUGGUAAAUGUAGGUGCCACAUUUUACUUUUUCCUUUUCUGCUGGAUGUCAAACACUGGUCUUUUAGGACGUUAUUUUCAUUUUUCAUUCCUUUUAGGAUUAUAAAGGAUUCUUUAUUAAACAGAGCAUUUAUGUACCAUCCACCGAGAAACACAUGGAAGGUCAUCUUUUCCUUUCUUCAUGUGUUUUGACAUGUAGCGUUAAAAAAAACAUGUCACUGCAGAGAUGUGAUUGAAAGGAUUGACUUAAAAUAUUACCCUCCGUGAUGCUCAUUUCAUUGGAUCGUUUCACCUAAUUUCUGAAAUAGAAGGAACGAGUCACAUUUUUGGUAGAAAGUUCCAAAUUUCAAAUCUGCAUAAAUAACACAAAGUGAUUCCUAAAUUAUACACCACAGAUUGCACCAUAUCAUAUUUUUAUAUCAGUCGAAAUUCACAAAUCCCACCUAAUGAGAUGACCGAUUUUCUCAUUUUAUGAUGACCCACUUUAACGAGCUGCUUUUCCCAACACUCAGAACUUGGACCUUUAUUUGGAUGGUUAGAGACGUAGUUUUCCUCCUUGUUUUUGUAAAUAUUGAAGGCAUCGACUUUGUAUAAAGUUGGACUGUAAAUGUAAAUAGAAGGGUGUGAAGUUUUGCUCACUCAUCUUAUUCUAUUAGGAAAGGCACAAAAAAAGAACGCUUGUUUGUAUUUAUGCCUAUCAUAUAUGUGUCCUAAAGAAACACAUUGGAUAUUGAAUGUAACACAUAAUGAA